AUGGCGCCCAAGCUACCAACAAGUUGGGUCGCGCUCCCUCCCUCAUUCCUCCUCCCCGAAUCGUUCCUCCCACUUAUCACGACGCGAGGUGUCAAAUAUGGCUGGUCGACCGCAAACCAUCGAUCGAAACACAACCGAUUCAACCAGGAAACCGCCGGUCUACCUAGACUUACCGCUUCGCCAGCUGCAGCACUCGAACGCAAAGCGAAAACCUUACCGUUAAGAACUGGAGUUCUGGGAAUUAAAAAGGGCAUGACCGCCUUAUACGAUUCAGAAACAGGAGUUAGAACGCCUUGUACGGUAGUACAGUUGGAUCGUGUCCAAGUCGUUUCGCACAAGACAAGAGAACAACAUGGCUAUUUCGCAGUCCAGAUGGGCGCCGGAUGGAAACACGACAGUAACGUCACAAAACCUCUACUAGGACAUUUCACGAGUCAGGGCGUGUCACCAAAGCGAUUCGUCUCGGAAUUCAGAGUUAAGGAUGAGAGCGGUCUUUUGAAAGUUGGACAAUUAGUUGGGCCAGAAUGGUUCCUAGAAGGCCAAUUCGUCGAUACGAGGAGUAAUUGUAGGGGAAUGGGAUUUGAGGGUGGUAUGAAGAGACAUGGCUUCAAAGGUCAGGGAGCUUCUCACGGUAACUCUAAAUCCCAUCGUUUGAUGGGUUCGUCUGGUCCAUCGCAGGGUGGUGGUAGCAGAGUUCAUCCAGGAAAGAGGAUGCCAGGAAACAUGGGGGGACAGCAGGUUACGGUUCAGAACCUCAAGGUUUUGAAGGUGGAUGCCGAGAAGGGGAUUUUAGUGCUCAAUGGCUGUAUUGCUGGACCCAAGGGCGCUGUUGUGAAGAUUCAGGAUGCGAUCAAGAAGCCAUGGCCUGUUAUUCCGGGGGGUGGUUUAGAGGAGGUCAAAGAGACGUUGCAGGAGCUAGCGGCUGCAUAG